CGCGCUUAUGAAGUCACGUCUCCAUGACAGCCGUGCUAUUGUUGACGUUUGUGCUAACGUUAGCAUCGUAAAUUCUCGAAGUUUAGUCUUUAAGAAACGCAGACGGAUAAAUCUUUGACCACACACGAUUAUUAUUGGUUUAGCGAGACGAGGCUGACGAUGAGUCACCUCUUAGAAGUGCUGCGGCACCACCUUUACUUUAUAGUGUUUUUGUGUCAUCGUCCAUGCAACGCUAGUUAGCCUAUUUCCAAGCGUAGCCUCCCCCUCUAACGUUAGCCGCAGCCCCGUCCAAUAUUCCAGAUCCAGGCUUUUACCUGGUGGGGACCUAGAGGGGGACUGGAGGAGAUGUUGGAGCUCCCUCCCUGUUCGCAGAGAGUCCAUGGAGAGGAGGCGAGGAUGAGAGACGUGGGCUCGAGCCCUUGAAACGGAGAGAAAGGAUGAUUUCUCGGUACAACAGGAGAGCAGUAUCGCAUAAACUUGAGAUUCGUGGUUUGUCUCGAAGCAGCCUCGAUCACCACCCUCUCCCUGAAGAAGUAAACGAAAUCCAAACCCCUCCGCACUACCUCCAUGACCUGCAGGAAGCUGUCUCCGCACACAACAGCUCACAGACGUCUGCCGCCUCAGACCGCUCCGACUGCCCGACCGUCAUCUCAGUGUCAUCCAACCAGUCCUGGUCCGGUAUUCACAGCUCCACAGGAACCGGUAUCUCCACAGAAAGGAGCUCCGUUUUCUCCUGGGGCUAUGAUGAGUUCGACAAGGCGGCAUCGCGGCAGGUGCAGCAGAUGUUUGAUGAGAUUGACACCGAGCUGUACGAAGGGAGAGGCAGUGGGGAAGGGAUACUCCAGGGGCUGCAGGACGAAUGCCAGGAGUGGACCACACGCUUUCCGCAUCUUCGGAUUGUGGGGACUCAGCUUUUGUGUCCCACGGAUGAGGGCUUCCAGUGGUACGCCACUCCAGGGACCGUCAGCCCUGCCAGCAGCCCGUCAGCAGGCAGAAAAAGUGCUGUGAAGUGCCAAGGCAAAGAGAAAGGGGGUGCAGAGUUGAAUAUUCAGGGCAGGAAAGCUGGGCUGAUCAAAUUCUCAUCAUCUGCGUUUGAUGGCCUUCCUAACAACACCUCCAGCAGCUAUGACCAGUCAAGAGUGAUCGACGUAGAGGGUGUGAUGGAGGAAUAUCUGGCUUUUGAUGGCAGUGACUUGAAUGAUGAUCGUUAUGAGGAAUGUUUGGAGUCAGCUCGGAGGCAUCACAGUCUGCCCCCUGUUUCACCGUACCGCUGUCGCCGUCAGGCUGUUCUCGACUUGCUGUUUGAUGAUGUUUGGCAGGAGCUGGUUGGUUGGAUGAAAGAGCUGGUGCAACGUCACUGGGAGUGCGGCACCUCCCAUGAAGAAACCAUUUGUGGGAACCUGAGCCAUGUGCAACCAAACACUCAGAAUCCUUUUAUGCUGCUCUCCACGCUGCCCACCGUGCUUCCAAAACUCGGUCAGAGCCGGGUGCCACCUCUUGCAGCUGGACCACAGCUCCAGAACACAAAGUCAAGGGGCUCAAAGCACAAAUCCAGACGGAAAUCCAAACAGCAGAAAAGACCUUCCGCUGUUGUUAGGGCGCCUGUGGGGGCAACAGCAACGCAGCACAACUUGAAUGACCUCAUUGUGAUUCACAGCAUCCCCCUGCAGCAGAGAAACUUGGCCGUGCUGGAGAGAAGCCAGGAGCCGGACGAGCGUGCGUCUCACAGACCAGGCUCUAGCGCUGUCCCUUCCAGCAAACCUCGUCCUCGCAGAGCCCUGGAGCAGAGUUCUUCCUCGCUGUCCCGCCCACUGCAGUCAGCUCGCCGCCGAAACCCUCCUCCCCGGAACCUACUGCCCCUUGUUCAAAGCUUGAGUCAGUCCGGCACAGGAGGAUACCUAGAUGAGGUUAUCCGGGGGACACGUCUAACCACAGCCAGCGACCGAUUAACAUCGCCGUUGUUGCCCCUGAGCCGCAACACUCCCCUGCCCCCCAUCGGAACCGGAGAAUCUGAGUCGUCUCAUCCAGGGCUGCUGUCAAAGGUCACACAGCGUCAAAAAGGCCCCUCCAGCCGUGCCCACAGUGCUAUACACGAUGAAGCUCGCGGUUCCAUACCGAGGGACCGUCACCACAUACUAGAUGUCUUCUCUCGCCCCAACACAACACACACAUACAGGUCAGACACUCCGUAUCGUAGUUCCUUCACUGUGCUGGACAACAUCGGGCAGGGCCGGCCAGGCAGAGCAUCUGUGGGCACAGACUCUCUGGGCAUCGGUGUGACAGGUAUCAGUCUUGGGAUCAGCAGCUCAUCUUUCUUGGACUCAUUUCCUCACCACCAGCACUCGCCCAUCAAAAACGAAGACGAGCCUGAGCCUCAGGCCCAUGUCACAGUAGGUGCUCUGGUUCCUGCGUCUGUUCCACCUCGUUCCUACACCAGAGGAGGCAUCUCAUCCAGAUCCAGCAGGCCUUGCUUGUAGUUUGCCCCUGAUCUCCACAACCGCCGUGUUAAUAAUCUUUCCCUGCAUUUUCUGUGCCCUCUGUCUUGAAUUUCUUUAUUUAUUUUUUUUAGAAUUUUGCCUGGAUUGCAUUUUUAAGACCUAUUUUUGUAUUUCAGAAAUCCCCUUACGGGCCUGCCAAACAUGAAAAUCGAUCAGUCUUUUGUAGUUUGUGUUGUGUGUGAGGCUAUGUAUGAGUAUUUCUUUAUGUGAAUAUGAUGUAUAAUACACACUGCUCUGUGUUGCUGUAGGGGUAAAUGACUAUGCAGGGUGUGGUGUCUGAACGGCUCGCUGCUAUCCAGGUGUUUCUGCUGGAAUUAUCCUACAAUGUAGGAACCUUAGCAUAAACACAACAUUUGUAAAUACCAAAAGGAACUUUUUUCAUGGUGUCUGAACAAAGUGGUAAAUUUAAUAUAAUUUUCUAGCUCUUUAUUAGAGCAAAGCCAAUGGGUCAUACAUCAGGGUUAGUGCAUAAGUAGUUUAUUUCUCACAAGGGAAAUUAAGCAACAACCCUUUUUCCCCUUAAUGCUAUUUCUUUUAUCUGUUUUAUAGAAACUAGACUUCAAAUAAUGUGAACAAAUGCAUUUAUUAUUAGAACUUUUACAACAUAUUACAACAAAUAAAAGGAUUUACAUUUUUGUAUUAUAUUAGGAGCUAAAGAGCCUGAAACAGUUUUACGUUUAGUUAGUCUGAAAAGCUUUGUUUAAACUGUAAUACGAACAUAAAAAAGAAAGAAAAUCCUAA